UUGAAAAAAAGUCCUGAUGAGACAAAAGAACGUUUGGAAAUAGGAUCCUGUAUCAUCUCUUCUCCCGACUGCUCCUAGUUUAUUUAGGUCGGCACAAUGGAUCACCAAUCUCCACCUUGCUCCGUCUGCAGCGUCUACGGUCACACCCACCACCCCCUUGUCUUCCUUCAGUGUAUCCGUAAACUAGUCUUCGCUUUGGUCUUACGCUUUUUCUCCUGCUUGAUGAUCCAUGUCAAGCAUCUACCUCCCCACGUAUUCCUCAUCUCUCCUCUUCACAUGGCUAAAUCACCUCAGCCUCGCCUCUCAUGUCUCCAAGAUCUAUGAAAGUUCUUUCGCUCUUGUCUGCCUUUGCUCCUGGUUUGAGUUUACACAAUGGAUCAUUAAUCUCCACCUUGCUCAGUCUGGUACCGCUUCUGUUACACCCAUUAGCCGCAUGUCUUUCUUCAUUGCAUCCAGAAAUCUUCUCUUUGGUCUUCCUCCCUUCACCGUGCCUGGUGGGUCCACCUCAAACAUCUACCUACUUGCAAGUACUUGCAAGUACUUCAAUCCCGGAGUGGCCUGACCUGACCUAUUUGGGCGCGGCCUGGAGGAUCAAUGCGGGACAAGUACAGCCAACACUCCGGGUACCAAGUAUGCACAAGUACCGAGACUGGAUUCACUUUUUUGGAUUAAAAGUCACAUUAGAGUGAGUUCCGUGCCGUUACAAGCACAAAGCUCUCGCAACACAAGAACAGGAAGGCGGCGGCGGCGUCAAGAUCAAGAAUUAGACUCGCUCAUCCAAACAAGCCAACAACUGAACAGGAGAAAACAACACAGCUUAUGCCCACACAUGUGAGGAAGCAGUUUCCCAGCAUUCCUUCCAUCCCUGGCCAGUCUGAGUGCCGCCCUGGGCCAUGCUGGGGUCGCCCGAGGAGAGGAAAGAGGCACAUGAGAGGACGAGAGAGGACGUGAUAUUCGAGCCUGAGAUUGUUGGCGUUCACUCUCACUCCCGCGAAGAUGAUACAGAUACGGACACAUGUUCCCGCUGCUUCACUGUGUCUUCCAGUGACCAGCGUCACCCUGAAGAUCCUAAUGGCUCCUUGCCCACUGAGGGCGGAGCGGAGAGAGAUCCCCUGGGGCAGGAGGAGGUGGAGGACCUGGAGAAAGAGAAUGAGAAGAUUGAAGGAAUCGACGCGGAGAAAAGUGAUCUGUCCAAAGAUGAUAUUAACAGCAAGCUGAGGUUCAUCUUCCACCUGGAUGGACUCAAGGAGGCAGGCGGCUUGCUGUACAUAGGCUGUGAAAAUGACAAAGAGAAGACCAAUCCCUCCAAGGUAAGUGUGUGUGUGUGCCAGUGUGUUUGUCCCGGGUGUGUCUGUCUCAUUGCACAUUAAGGUUGGCUGUUGCAAACCAAGAUUCACCUCUGCAAACACAGACAUUACCUUCCUCAACUGGAAAUUUGUGAACUUACAAAUUUAAGUUUAGCAAAUAGAACAGAGAAAGCAAACAAUGUGUGUUCCAUCAGUACCAUGGAGUUCUUUGAAUUUUAUUCUGAAUAUCUUUAGAAGAUAUUAACUCAUAUUUUGAUGACAGUUUUGCAUAGUAUGGGAUUUUUUAGAACAGAUUUCAAUUUAAUGCAUGUUGUUGAACUUGUGGUCCCAAGUCAAGUAACCUGCAGUCACUCCCUCUGUGUUAUGAUUUUCCAGAAUUGUAAGUCCUUUGAUCCACAGACAGUCUGGUAACAAUUCCAGACAACUGACAGACUCUUAGCAGCUCAGGGGACUUAACAUUGAGAGAAACAUUAAACAAAGUGGUAGUGAGUGUGUUGUGUUACUUAACUAUUGACAUAAUGAUUAUUUGUUUUUGUGAACAGAGUGGAUAGUGAGAUGAUUGAAAGGAUAUGUAGGGGGCUCUUAUCACUAACUCUUCACUCCACUAAAUUCAUUUGAGAGACACAGGAGUCUCAGAUAAUAGGAUACAAAAUAUACUGUUGACAACUUAGGGAGUGUGAUUUGGCUUCCUUUAGUCUGGUGUCAUACUUAUGUUGGGUGCCAUAUUUUGCAGGUUCCAUUUGUGAGAGAUCUGAUAAGCCUUGUUGAAAUAGUAUACAGAUAUCCAUCAACACUUUUGGGGGGGUUAGGUAAUAGAAACAUCCAUGAAUGUUGAAAAUCUGUUGAUAAUUAUAAUUGGUGUGUCCUCCUGAAUAAACUGCCUUGACUCCUUAGAGUGGUGUUCCCACUCAAAAGUAUUCCUGAUACUCCCCCAUGCUUAGUAAAGAAAAACCUCUGUAGUACAUGUAUCUACAAACACUUUAUUUGACAUAUAAUAAAAGAAAGUAAAAUGAUGAACACUGGUGUGUCCUCUUGCUCCAUCCUACUUAUUUCUUGAUAGCACAAACACCACUGUCUGUGUUGUGUUACCACAGCUCUCACCACCUCAUGCUCUGUCCUCUGUGACAGAACGGGACAGCUGGGUAGCAGUGGGAAAUGCACACAAUAUACUGUUGUUUGCUAAAAUACACAAAAUUGACAUCACCAGAGGGAAUGUGGGUUGGUGUGGCAGGGAGCAUAUGUGUGUGUGUGUGUGUGUGUGUGUGUGUGUGGUGAGCUGUGCUGUGAGGAAGAUUCCAAUUGAUAGUUACCAUAAAAAAAUCUAAUGUAUAUACAGCACACUUCCCUUCUGAUGCCAAUCUGUGAAUUAUCAAAUCUGUGGACAUAGAACCCAGCAAUGUUGAGGGCCAGCUGUACUUGUAGAGGAACCCAGCAAUGUUGAGGGCCAGCUGUACUUGUAGAGGAACCCAGCAAUGUUGAGGGCCAGCUGUACUUGUAGAGGAACCCAGCAAUGUUGAGGGCCAACUGUACUUGUAGAGGAACCCAGCAAUGUUGAGGGCCAGCUGUACUUGUAGAGGAACCCAGCAAUGUUGAGUUCCAGCUGUACUUGUAGACUUCCUGUAGAUGACUGUUAGUAGUAAGAUACACAUAUUAUAUGUUUUGCAGUUUUUACUUAUCAGCUUUCAUAGUAAAGUUGGUGUCACCAAGAGUUGGCACCAGUGAGUUGUUUGGUAAGUCUACAUCUCUGACAUUGGCUUAUCUUUAAUUCUUGAUGUUUCAGAUACAUGGAGUGGUUCAGUGCAGAGUUCCUGAACCUGCACCGAAGUGUAUGCCAUCAGGGAGGAGGAGCCAUUCCUGCUGAAGGGUGUUCACACGCAACCACGAGAUGACCAACAAAGGCAUCAGGAAGAAGGGCGGGCCGCAAGGUAAUGUUCCCAAUGAUUCUGUGCUACGUGUCUGGAGUUUCAUUGUUCAUGGUGGGAUGUUUGGGGGUAGCUCUCCUUGCUUGUCAAAUUAUUUUUCUUCCAUAGGGCCACCUCAUUGAAAGGUUGUUUAAAAGCUUCUCUUCUGAAGCUGUACAGCCCUUCAAGCUUGGAAAUUCUGUGUGUUUCAUUACCAUCCUUAUGCUUUUUGAAUGUCAUAAGUUUAUUCCUGAAAUUAUAAAUACAGAGGAAUGCCAUUUAGCUGGCAUCCUCAAGGAACUGCUUUUCUUGGAUAAUUCAGUUUUCUGGUUGAUAUUGUGUGUAUCUCUGAUGCCUUGCUUCCUGUGCGAGUGGUGCCCCAAGGAAGUGGCCACACUUCACUUUCUCCCUAUCCAACUUUCUCUUUGUGCUUAUUUAAGUGGUUAGCUUCUAACACUUCAUUCACAUUUUGUUCUCUCUUACCCUGUUCUUCCAUCUUAGUGGCCUUCUCUUAUUAUGACUCAAUCUCACUAAUGCUUUCUUUACAGUUUCUUUUCCCUUCAUACUUCCAUUAUGGCCAUACCAUCUUAUCAUAUUCCUUUUCACCCAUUCCACCACUCCACAGUCUACACCAGUUGCACAGAUGCUCAUAGCACACCCUCCUCCCACUUUAUAUGCCCUGUUUUGAUACAUACAUACAUUUAUUUAAAAAAAAUGCUCUCU